GCAUUCGAAUGUCACCAAGGAGCGAAUCUGAGCCCUUUGUUUCAAGCCAGAAACGAGUUCAGAGCUUUGAGGAUCAUGUUUAGCUCUGUCUUGGCUGUGGUUUUGAUAAAAAUGCUGAGCAUACUCUUGCUGUGUGUGCUGUCCGUGUGUGUACCAAGUAAGGGUCCAGUUGGGAUGUUCAGGACAGAGUGUCGGGAUGGCCACUUCUGGCUCACCGUCGGUUCCGGCUUCCUGGGCCGCAUGUUUCGAUUUGACACCGAAGGCCGCAGUGGUGUCCAUACUGUGUCUGACCAGCGUGCUGCAAUAUGUGGUUAUACAAUGUUGCUUGACUCAUGGGGCAAUCUGGUGCUGCGCGCCUCGUACCUGGCCUGUGACGUGGACACUCGGGAACACACUGGAAUCCAGCUAAUGGUGUGGUUUGUGAACAAGGAGGCCAAUGAUGAGGAGACCUCAUACCCCUUCCUACUAACCUGCCCCCUUCAGCAGUGGAGUCCCCGUGAGAUCAUGUGUGAGGAGAACUACAUGGAGGUGUCUGUCAAGAAGCCAAUUCCUCCAGUUGUUCAGAAGGGCCAAGAGUGGAUGACACCUCCUCCCAAGAGGUCAGAGCAAGGGGGAAUGAAGGAAUGGCGGGUGGUGUUCCGGAUUCCACCGGGUGCUCAGGAAGACAUGAUGUCCACCCCAGUAAGGGAGCAGACAUUGACCCUGAUGGAGGCUGAACAGUUGGGCUACCACAUCAAUUUCACAGGCAGUCGCAUUCUUCUGCGCUGUGGCUAUUCCUCACCAUUCUCCUACGUCCUGAAGGUGAAAGGAAUUGACCUGGAAGUCAUCAGCAUCACCAUCUUCUAUCGGUACCAAUGGACGCUCUUCAAGGUGGAUGCCUCAGUGGCUUGCAGCUUGUACAAAGGUACAAUGGAUGGUACCUACAUCCUGUGGAGCAUCCCCCAGAUCCUCCCCCCACUGGUGCAGGGCCCUGUCAGAAACCAGGGGGCGAGAAUGGGGGUUGGAGGUCGUCUCCUGAGCGCCUGCCUCAUACAACAGAGGGGCUACAAAAUGGAGGUGCGAGAUGGAGUCGUGGAAGUCCGAAUUCCAUUUGGUGCAGUUGGCGGCCAGAUCAAGAGUCAUGUGAUGGCUGGGCGGUACUCCCAGUCAUACUCUGUAGACCUGUUCUAUGUACAGCAGUGGGGAGAUGCUCAAUGGACCCUGACUCGGCACCGCUCCUUCCGCCCACUGUGGACUACUCCCAGCCCUCACUCCCCUCGGCUAGUCAACCUCACAGUCCCUGAGGAGGGAGACUUCUCGGUGACUCUUGGUGUUUUCCCUCCUGAUGUGUCACUGGCUAAUGUCACCAUAGCAACCCUCACAGUCCCCUUAGCAGGGGCUGAAGAGCUGGGGUUACGGGUUACGCAGGUCCCCUUCCCCAAUGGUACCCAUGCCUACUUGCUGCAGGUGCCUUUCCCUCACCCACUGGUCUCCCAGAAGUAUCUAGGUGGGAAGUACAGGAGGUAUACACUGGCGGUGACCUUCACUCUCCUCAUCUCCCCACACAGAGAAGUCUUCACUCACUCUGCCAGUGUGGUGUGUGACCUGCAGGAUGUUGUUCUGCCCAGGGUUGAGGGCCGCUGUACAGAUAAGACCAUGAAGCUCACGCUGCACCGUGGAAACAUGGACACACAAUGGGCCAUCUUUUUUGGGAACCACAGGCUGGAGCCAGACCUGGUAGAGUUUGGUGGCUACAGUCUGGAGGCUGCAGAUGACUAUUUCACUGUGGAGGUGCCACUCUACAGCCUUGGGAUGGCAUAUGAGGACCUCAGUCUACAGGGGCUGUUGGCCAAUGUGGCUGUCAGUGUGCUGGAUGUGGAGACUGGUGCUGUAGAGCAGACAUUCAUCCAGCGCUGCACCUUCCAUGUCAGGGAACUCAUGGUCUGUCUGCCGAACAGCUGGAUGGUGGUGGUGGUUGACACAGCCAGAGUUGUCCCUCCGCUUGACCCUCGGGACAUUGCUCUGCUGGACCCCAGUUGUAGGCCCAAGGAGAUGGACCGCACUCGUGCAUUAUUCAGCUUCUCACUGGACUCCUGCGGCACCAUCCAAGGCGUGGAGGGCAAAGACCUGGUUUAUGUAAAUGAAGUGCGGUACAUGCCCCGGUACCUCCCCAUACCACAACCCUUUUUCCACCCGUUCUACUACUAUAGACAGCCACUGGGCUGCCGCUACCCACUGAAUGGCACCCGGACUCUAGCCAUCUACCAGUCCCGUCUCUGGCCCCUCAGCCGCACCCGCCCCUCCCAGCACAAUCCCUUUGUCAGAGCUGAGAGAGGGUGAAGCUAAGCAGUACGAGCAUCUCCACCAGUGUAGGCUUACACACUGCAGUAUGUGUGUGUGUGAUCCUGAUUAGUGUCUCCAGGUAACUCUCUUCCUCCAGUGCCCUGUGCUGUGACGUAGUUAGGUUCCAGGGCCUAUAGCUGGAUGGGGGGCCCCCUCCGCAGCGCUGCUCUCUUGGCUGCACUGUGUCUAAUAAAAACACUUGUGCCCCAUAAACUGUUCUGUCUGUCCUUUUGUAUCCAUCUAUAUGCAGCUAUUGUGGAAUUUGUCGUCAGGUGCAUAACAGGCCUUGUCUUGGCAGAACAGUUUAACUUUUUUGUUUGGGUGCUGACCUUGCAGAACCACCGUGCUCCCUGUGGUAGCAGUACUUGGCACAAACAGGACAGUAUGUGGUGGUCCAAUCAAUAACUAUAUUCAGUGUCCAGUUUCAGUAUGUGCUAAUCAUGACUUCCUUAAAUUAUUCGGGAGAUGAUGCAGUUUUGGUUUGGUCAGAAAAAGCAGCUUUUUGAAAGGAGACAAAGUAGUUUGGCUCUAUCAAUUGUAAAGUUGUUUACAGCUUUGUAAAAUAGCACACCUUUAAUUUCUUUAAGUUAGGAAACAGU